AUGUGGUUCGAACAGUUUUAUUCGGGUGUUAUUACAAUCGCAUUUGUAGCCGGUGCAUGUUAUAUGAGUUAUCCUUUCAACAUAUGGGAUACUGGACGAGCUUAUCGAAGGGACUAUUGCACUCCCAGAAGGGUUGAACUGUCAAAACGAGAUCAUCGUCUAACUGGAAACCAAUACGUCAUCUCCGGCCUGGAGUCGAUCAGUGAUUAG